GAGAGUCGAUAAAACUUCCAACUCAGUAUCCAGAAUCUCUACCGGAUAGAUAUCUUUAUGGUUUGGGAUACAACUCUACCAGUGAUGACUAUAAAAUCAUUAGGAUUGAUGCGUUUGAUCAAGUAUGUGAUAAUGGAUUACCUGAUGAAAUUCUCGCAAUUAAAAGUGCUUCAUGGAAGAAAACUAGUGAAUGCGCAGGGGGGAGAUGCGGCAUUCUAGCACGUAUAAGUGAGUUAUGUUUGGCAUUUGUAGAGGGAGCAUUUCAUUGGGAGAGUGACUACGUAUACCCACGUUGCGUGGUGACGUUUAAUAUUUCAAAUGAGACGUAUGGGAAGAUUUCAUUGCCAGUGAGACCGUAUUCCAAUACAAGUGAAGAAACAGGUGUAUCAGCAGUGGGAGGAAGACUUUGUUAUCAUCAUGACGAUGGAAUAAAUUUUAAUUUAUGG